AUGCUAAUCCUAACUGGUUUCGUAUUUGCUACCCUCACUUUUUUAAUAACGAUGACACCAUCAACGGGAUUGAAUCACGAGACAAAAACUGCCAGUGCGGACUCCGAGGAUCCGUUUACAAAAAUGAUCCAAUCGCUGAUUAAAGUCAACGAGCAAAGGUUGAGUUCCCUUCAGCGUUAUAUCGACUUGAACAGUUUUUAUAAAGAAAAUGCCGCUCUACUUUUAAGAAAAGGGCUGAAUGCAAAGAAUCCGAAGAGUGUAAAGAUAUAUGAGAGGGCGAUGGUCGACAGCGAAGAUAUCGGAAAAUUUCUUGCGGGCGCAAAGGAAACUCAUGACAUCGUAGUUCUGAAGAAUUUAGACCUGAAUGGAAAAGCAAUUGACUCCGUCACAGGCAGAAAAAACAAUGUGUUGACUGUAAAAACCAAUCAGAAGAAUGGUAAUGACGAAAUAAACCAACGCGGCAAGAAUUAUCUUUAUGACGAAAGCUCUUUCGAAACGGGCUGUGAUAAUCCGUACAAAGAGGAAUGCGGAAAUAAAGGUGGAUGCAGAAGAGGUUGCAGAAGGGCGUGUUUUUCCUCUUUCAGGAACUUUUGCUUGGUCUACUCAUGCAGUUACAGUAUGAGAGCAAAAUUCGAGAAGAACUGCAGGCGCUCAUGCUCUUAUAGAUUCCGCUAU